CCUCCCCCGGCGCCGAGGGGAUGCGGGCCGCCCUCGCGACUUAGUGCAGCUCUCGGCCACCGAGCGGACGAGCCAUGGCGGAGGCUCCCGACUGGUGCUCCCUGGCCUCGCCGGCUUCCGUCUGCCACAUCACGCACCUGCACCUACGCUGCGCCGUCGACUUCACCCGGCGGGCGCUGCGGGCCACGGCCCAGCUCACCGUGCGCUCCCAGGAGGACAACCUGCGCAGCCUGAUUUUGGAUACAAAGGAUCUUAAAAUAGAAAAAGUCGUGAUUAAUGGGCAAGAAGUUCCAUUCACUCUUGGUGAAAGACAGAGCUUCAGAGGAUCCCCGCUGGAAAUCUCUCUUCCCGUGGCACUGAGCACGAAGCAAGAAGUGAUAGUGGAGAUUUCCUACGAGACGUCCCCCCAGUCUUCAGCUCUGCAGUGGCUCACUCCUGAGCAGACGUCUGGGAAGAAACACCCCUAUCUUUUCAGCCAGUGCCAGGCCAUCCACUGCCGAGCCAUUCUUCCCUGCCAGGACACUCCCUCGGUGAAGCUGACCUACAGUGCGGAGGUGUCAGUCCCCAAUGAACUGGUGGCUCUUAUGAGUGCUGUCCGUGAUGGAGAAGACCCUGAUCCUGCAGACUCCAGUAGGAAAAUCUAUAAAUUCAUACAAAAAGUCCCAAUACCGUGCUAUCUGAUCGCUCUCGUCGUCGGGGCCUUAGAAAGCAGAAAGAUUGGCCCGAGAACCUUGGUGUGGUCUGAGAAAGAACAGGUGGAAAAGUCGGCUUUGGAGUUUUCUGAGACUGAACGGAUGUUGAAAAUUGCCGAAGAUCUGGGAGGACCUUACGUGUGGGGACAGUAUGACCUGCUGGUCUUACCACCUUCCUUCCCUUACGGUGGCAUGGAAAAUCCUUGCCUGACUUUUGUGACACCCACUCUGUUGGCAGGUGACAAGUCACUCUCCAACGUGAUUGCCCACGAGAUCUCUCACAGCUGGACAGGAAACCUGGUGACGAACAAAACCUGGGACCACUUUUGGUUAAAUGAAGGCCAUACCGUGUACCUGGAGCGCCAUAUUUGUGGCCGGUUAUUUGGCGAAAAGUUUAGGCAUUUCCACGCUUUGGGAGGAUGGGGAGAAUUAAAGAACUCGAUCAAGACUUUUGGAGACACCCAUGCCUUCACCAAACUGGUGGUGAGCCUGAAGGAUGUGGACCCUGACGAGGUGUAUUCCUCUGUCCCCUACGAGAAGGGCUUUGCUCUGCUCUUUUAUCUUGAGCAGCUUCUGGGGGGACCAGAGGUUUUCCUGGCGUUCUUAAAAGCCUAUAUUAAGGAAUUCUCCUACAAGAGCAUAACCACUGAUGACUGGAAGGCCUUCCUGUAUUCCCACUUCAAAGACAAGGUGGAUGUUCUUAACCAAGUUGACUGGAACGCCUGGUUCUUCUCUCCCGGCCUGCCACCGGUAAAACCAAAGUAUGAUAUGACUCUAACAGAGGCUUGUCUUCACUUGAGUCAACGGUGGAUCACAGCCAAAGAAGAUGAUUUGGGCACAUUCUGUUCCACAGACAUAAAGGAUAUGUCUUCUCAUCAACUGAUUGAGUUUCUAGCAUUGAUGCUAGCAGCGGCACCGAUUCCAGUGUCACACAUACAGCGAAUGCAGGAGGUCUACAACUUCAAUGCUAUUAAGAACUCUGAGAUACGGUUCAGAUGGCUGCGCCUUUGCAUCCAGUCCAAGUGGGAAGACGCCAUACCCCUGGCUCUAGAAAUGGCCACAGGACAAGGAAGACUGAAGUUUACCCGCCCCCUGUUCAAGGAUCUUGCUGCCUUUGAUAAAUCCCGGGGUCUGACUCUCACUACCUACCAGCAACACAAAGCUAGUAUGCAUCCUGUGACUGCCAUGCUGGUGGGGAAGGAUCUGAAAGUGGACUGAGGACCUCAGCCGCCCACCCACCAUCCAGUUUCAUAGUGAAUGACAGAAACGUCUUCUGUGAAUCGCUCUGUAAUCACACAUUCCCCUUACUCUCAGAUUUGUAUUCUGUUGUAUCAGUGCUUUUUGCCAAAAUAAAACUGAGCUGAGAUUUUUAAA